UUUUGGUGCAUAGGUUACUUUUUACAUCAGUUUGGUUUGCACGUUUGAACGACUAAAGCGGAGUUUGCUUGAGCUUUAACGAGGGCACGCUUCGUUUUUCGCCACCUACCUUUAGCUCAUUCUCUUAGCUACCCAGGACCCAGAACCGAGAACUUACAACCCACUAUUCACUUCUCUUCGCUCGCAUCAUCCACAAACUCAUAAGUCAGCCUGUCUAGUUUCAACACAACUUCGGGCAAUGUCAGCAUUGAUACCUUUAUCCCCAUACGUCCCCCCACGAGCACGUGUUCUCUCACCCUCCGAUCGAUAUUCAGGUGGUGCCCGGGGAAACGCCCAUCAUGGACCUCUGCUACGCAGUUCUUUCGACAGUGGCUAUAAUGCCCUCGGAGGCAAUGCGGCCAUGAUACCUAUCCCUGUAUUCGGUGCCCGGGCCGGACAUGGAGCACUCUCCCGUGGUGGAGGAGCUGGAAGAAACUAUAAUGAUAUGAACAUAAACAUGGUGGUGCCGAUCAGGAGAGGAAGCGUAGAUAUUUCUUACCACAGCAUUCCUCAUUCACACGGCCAUCCACUAAUGGAUCCUCGACUACGACAUGCGCCACAAGUACAGGUUGUGGAUCCAUCGGCUAUGUUUCGAGAUCCGUGGAGAGCAGGGAAUAUAGGGAGUUGUACGCAAGAACCCUAUACAUGCCCUUGUCAUGAAUGCGAAAUCCUGCGUUUACCGCUUGCUCAACAUGGGCUCCAGGUCGCGCCGUUGACGGUGGGAUGUCAUCAUGAUAGUCAUGGACAUUCACAUGCGAUGGAUUUGCAUAAUCAUUGUUGUUCUGGCGGAGGAGGACAUAAGGAAUCUUCAUCCUCUUCUUCUGGCAGUGAGAGUAAAGAAAAAUCGAGUUCAAGCGGUGGAAGUAGUGGAGGUGGAGGAAGUAAUAAGAAGGAAUACGGAUUCCCUACCAAAGAUAUCGUUAUCCGUGGGAAAACAUACGCCUGUCGCAAAUCCUUCCUAGCGGAUCAAGGCAAGUUCGAAGACUCCCUCGUCAAAAUGAUGGAAAAGAAAAAAGAAGACGAAAUCCCCACCACGGUUCUCGAUUCCCUCUUCUCGUGCAUCAAUGAAGAAAUCGUGCUAUCGACAGCCUCGGCCCACGAUCUCGUCACCCUCAACGUGCUGGCGUCUUCGCUGGGCGUCAAAAGCGUCAUGGAGAAAUCGCUCGCUCAGCUGAAGAAACAGUGCUCGGACAAUAUCGUUAGUGGGAGUACAUUGACGGGCAUCGUGGUGACGGUUAUGAUGAGUGCGAAGGUUGAUGAGGGUUUGAGGGAUUGGUUGAAGAAGUAUAUUAAAGGAUGGGGUUUGUGGGAGGAGUUGCAGGGUUUUGCUAUGUAUAUUCGUUGUGUGGAGGAUCACCCGGAGAUUCAUACGGGGUUGUUGGAGUUGCUUGGGUUGAGGAGGAAGGCGGAUGGGGAAGGGUAUAGGAUUAUUUAGGGUUGUUUGGAGCGGGGGUGGGUGGGUGUGGGUGGAGGUGGGAGGUGGAUGGGGGUAAGAGAAGGAGGGAAUGCAAAAUGGAAAAUGGGGUGGAAAAUUAUGGAAGGGAGCAAAGUCUUCGAAAGGCAACCGAACAAACUUGGGAAAAUUGGUGAUCUCCCUGGCAGUAGAUAGAUACAUCAAAAUCGGAAAAAAAGGGUAAGAAUACGAUAUUCUGUAACAGUCAGUACGUAGUCAAUAGUCAAUAG